AACAAUGAUAAGUUUGAAGCAGAUACACGGUCCAAUUCCGGAUUGAUUUCCUGAGUCUGCGGCCUUCUAUCUGGGCGGCGCUAACACUGAGUCGAUAAGGCUCCCGUUAUAUAAGAUGCUCAAGUCAGUGUGAGUACGCGGCUUCUUAAGCGAAAAUUCCAACCAGCAGACGAAACAACCCGAAAAUCAAAAUAUCCUGUGCCUUUCGGAAGCAUCCGAAAGCUUAUCGACCAGUUCCAGAGAAACACUGUGUCGGAGACGCCGAAGGAGACCAUGAGCUGGGGAUACGACAAACAUGACGGACCUGAUACCUGGUACAAUAGCUAUCCCAUAGCUAAGGGUGAACGCCAGUCCCCUAUCGACAUCUCCACAAAGUCAUGUGAAGUGGACAACAAGCUCUGCUCCAGACCUUUCCAGGUGAACUACGCCACCGAGAAAAACGCCGAGGUCUCCAACACUGGCAGCUCCAUCAAAUUCCAAGUCAAGGAAACCUCAGUUUUGAGAGGUGGUCCUUUGGAGGGUGAGUGGCGCCUGGAACAGUUCCAUCUCCACUGGGGUUCCAGCAAUGACCGUGGAUCGGAACACACUAUUGACGGCAAGACGUACGCCGCAGAGCUCCACUUGGUCCACUGGAACGCCAACAAGUACUCCAGUUUUGGUGAGGCUGCCGACAAACCAGACGGGCUUGCUGUCAUUGGCUUCAUGGUUAACGUAGGAAAGGAACAUGGAGGAUUCAAAACAUUAACCGAUGUCUGCAGGAAAAUUCAGGAGCCAGGAGCAACAGUCCGUCUUGACAAGGAUUUCAAUCCAUCGUGUAUGCUCGGAAAAACUGAGCACUACUGGACGUACCCCGGCUCUCUAACCACGCCCCCUUUGUAUGAAAGUGUCACGUGGAUACUCUGCAGUGACGUCUUAGAAAUCUCACAAGCACAGAUGGAUGCCCUUAGAUCAUUAAAGUUCAAGAACGGUAAAGCUAUGGUGGACAACUACCGGCCCCCUUGUCAGCUGUGCGGCCGCUGCGUCAGAUCCUCCAAGUAAACAGCAGCCAUACUUGUCAUCAGCUGUCAAAGGCAUAUCCAUCCAUUUCAAAUCCUAGUUCUUUUUUUUCGAUUUAAUAACGCUAGUAUUUAAGAUUUGGGGAAAAUUCGAAUGUACCAUUAUUAUGAUACUUUUUUAUUAUUUUCUUGAGUUUUAAGCCAAUUUUCUAUAUGAAGGACUUGAUAUUAAUGGAUAGAAGCGUUUCUUACAUUAGUGUGUGUGAGAGAGAUUAAUUUAUUCAGAUAUAUUCUCGGAAAAAAGGCGUUCAAUAUUCGCUUAAACAGUUCACUUCUACAGUGCUUUUAUGCAGAUAAUGCGGGUCAUUAUUUUUAAAUUAUUAUUAUGUUACUCUAAAGAUUUGUAUCAUACAGUGAAUUUUCUUUUACUUUUAAACAAAUUGUCUUGGAUGUCGGUUCUUUUCUAUUGUCUGACCACUUUGUUCUUUAGGAGUGGGUUAAAGGCAGAUGUUAAACAAUCAUGCUUUGGAUUCUUACCAAAAGCUUUACCGUACGACGAAAUAUGCUUUCUUUCAUUUUUACCUAUAAAGGCCAUUUUAUCAAGUCGUGAGAUAGUCAUUUUCCUUCAGGUAUUAUAGUGAUCUAGAAAACCAAAUUUUUACGAAUUAUAUUGAUGUAAUUUUAUUGUAAACUUGUAAUUUUUUAUGUUUUCUCUUGUGUUCUUGCAAGUCGUUUAUGAUAAACAUACAUAUAUGUUUAUGAUAAACAUACAUGUAUGUUUAUGUUUAGUGUUUGAUGUAAAUCUCUUAUUCUGUAGCAACCUUUGAACGUAGAAAUAUCUUUCACUUUCCCUCCAAGCUUAAGGUAGUGCUACUUCAAGCCAGCCUCCCUCUUGUGGAUUGCCUGGUAUUAUAAACACAUGCGUUUGCUGUGCAAAAUCAAAAGACCGAGAAUGAAAGCUCCGGUUAUAGAUGAUCACAGAUUUUAUUUAUUUAUGAAUUUUUAUGGAUUUUAUGUACAAUAUACCAUAUUUUUUUGUUGACAAUCUUUUUUUAGCCCUGGCAAUAAAAUGAUUUUAGAUACGA